GCUUCACACAUCAGUUUUACAGCAGACUCUUGCGAGACUGGUAGCAAGUAUAGUGUGUGACUGAUAUAGUAACUAUUUGGAUUAAACAUUGUACAAUUGCGACUAACCAAAUCGUAAUCAACGUUUAACUUGAACACUUCAUUAAAUCAAUCUAGUGUCAUUACAUACAUUGCAAAAUGGACAUCAAUCAUCGAUAAAUGGAUAUCAGUGUUUUAAUUUGAUUAUCUGGAGACAAAGAUUGAAUCUCAUAAAUUCUUAAAUAAAUAGUGUGAGUGUGUUUGUUUCAAAACAUAAAAAAAAACAGAAAAGACAACAAUUCAGCGAAAAGCUAUAAGUUUAGAACCCUAAAAAAAAACUUAAUCCAAGUACAUCUUGACAUUGACGGUUAAGUUAGUGGCACAGUACAGAAUAUUGUGAUGUUUUUACCGAAAAUCCCGUACAAGAAACUAGGAAAAACACAGAGGAAUUGAGAACAAAAACGGGUUUAACCACUUUUGCAUACGUAAUCAAAGAGAAAACAAUUCGUCUGUGGAUAUUACGUUGGCCGAAAGUUCAGUUGCUCGUCAAGCCACCCAAAAGUCAACAAUAGAAACAUCAUAAGCGUUACGCGAAGAAGGGAAAAAUGACACAACACUUAACUUGCUUUCAUAGUCAUAAGACGGUAUCAUAUUAAAAAUUCUUCAGCUGGAGAGACAAAGGAGUUGGAAGAGCACGGGAAGUGCGCAAAAGAUUGUAGACAUCCGUAUAUAAUAUAGAGUGAAAAUUGUCUACAAUCUCACACCACGCAACAUUAGUCAAUGUGCAUUGUUUUCAAUUUUCAAGAUUUCCGGAUGCUCUAAAAUGUCUUUAGCCAAAUUUACACAGACCAUUGUGCUGGUCUUGCUCCUUGGGAUCAUUGUGAGGGGUGAUUUCCUGACACAGUACGAGAGUGAGGAGAAGCACGAUGUGUGCAAAACAACGUGUGAUUGUUACAAUGAUGUCGACAAGUAUGUUCUUGAGUGCCCAAAAGAAAGCUCAACAAUACGUGUAAGCUAUCCAUUCUACAAAUUGCCCAUGAAUUAUGUUGACAUCAGCUGCAUUGUGGCUGAUGAGGAGUACAGGUCACUGCCCAACAUAACAAUUGAGGAUGUAAGCAUGGCAAAAAUUAGCAGCUGUGAAUUACCACGAAGUGCAUCAAUUAUGACGGUGCUGAAUCGUCUUGGUGUAAGAAAUGUCCAUACACUCUUCAUCAACAAUGCCCGACAGGAGUUUCGCAAUAAACUCAUCAGGCAGCACCUCAGCGGUUUUGCCAAUCUCACACGUCUCGUAAUAGGUUCUAGUCACAUCACUCAAAUCCCUGAUGAUCUCUUCAAUGACGUCACGAACAUCAAGUGGUUAAGUUUGAAAAUCAACAAAAUCCAAUCCAUUGAGAAUGCAUUUGCCAAAUUGCCAAAUUUGGAAUUUUUGGAAUUGGGCGAAAAUGAUUUGCACACAAUCCAAGAGGGUACCUUCCGCAAUAAUUCCCAAUUGAAAAUUCUCAAUUUGUGGACAAAUAAACUGAAGAAUCUCACAAGGGACGUCUUUAUAGGCACGCAAGCCCUGCACACGCUCGAUUUGAGCUACAAUCAAAUUGAAACCUUCGAUCCAGAUGUCUUUGACCUCCUACCGAAUCUCUCAGUUAUCCACCUCAACAAAAAUAACUUCCGUGAACUCCCCGAGGGACUACUUAAGAACAACAGAAAGUUGAGUGAAUUCACCUUACUCUACAAUCAGGGAACAUUGAAGGAGCUCCCAAGUGGAUUUUUUGCCAAUCUCAGCGAACUCGAAACUGUUGAUAUAAGAAGUGCUUUAGAGACAUUACCCAGUGAUGUGUUUAGUGGUUCGAAAAAGUUGACUAAACUCAAUUUAUCAUUCAAUAAAUUAGUGUCACUACCAGUGGAAUUGCUGGAAACACAGGAGAAACUCGAAGAUCUCAAUUUGAGCCACAAUAGACUGACUCAAUUGGAUAUUGGUCUGUUUGACAAAACAGAAGCCCUCAUCGAACUCAAUCUCUCCAACAACAACCUUACCCAUCUUGCCAGGCAUCUCUUCAGGUCACUCCACAAUCUCAAGAGAUUGUACCUCAACAAUAACAAUCUCAAGACAAUUCCUAUGGAUAUUUUUGCUAGUACAAAAUCCUUGGAAAUUGUCAAUAUGGCCAACAAUCGCCUUACAUUCAUGGACAAUCAACCAGGACCCAUUGAUAUCAAUUCACCAUUUCAACAAUUGACACAUCUCACAGAACUCAACCUCAGUCACAAUCACAUCCUGAAAAUUUUCCAAGAUUGGCAGUUUAAUCUGAGCAAACUCAAACGUCUGGAUCUGAGCUACAACAAUAUCACAAUGCUAACGGCAAAUGAUUUACAAUUUCUUUCACGUGACAUCGAAGUAUAUCUUAGAUACAAUCAAAUAUCGGAAAUUUCCAUGUAUGAAAUUGAAUCAUUUGCCAAUGGUCAGGAUACACUCAGAGAUCCAAAUGCAACUCCUGCAAUUCCCACUGUAUAUCUGGAUGGGAAUCCUGUGGUAUGCAAUUGCCUAAUAACGUACUUUGUGCGUUUAUUGCGACAUGAACUGGAUGAGAAAGCAGAGAAGAUGGUUAAAUUGAUUCCGGGAGCACUGACAUGUAGUGCUCCUGCAGAGCAUGCUGGGAAACUUGUGGCCACUGUCAAUCCCCAUGACCUCUUCUGUGACUACGACACGGACAAUAGUCAAGUCAAGAGGUGCCCUGCAGGGUGUCAGUGCUUGGUACGAACAGCCGAUCUAGCCCUAUUGGUCAAUUGUUCCAAUGCUGGAUUGUCAACUGUUCCAGUCCUUCCGGAGCCCACCAACUCCUCCCUCAAAUACAUCAUACUGUAUUUGGAAAAUAACUACAUCACGCAUUUGCCCAAAAUAACAGAUAUUGGCUAUGACAAAGUACGCUUUCUCUAUGUGAAGAACAACAAUAUUAGCAAUAUUGUUCGAGAGAAUCUUCCACCCCAGCUCGAAUCACUGGAUUUGCGAAACAACAACAUGGUCCAUAUCAAUGAGACAGUAUUGAAAGCCUUCAACAACACAAGAACCCUAAGAAAUAUAUCACUAAGCAACAAUCCAUGGAAAUGUAACUGCGAAGCACUCAGUCUCAUGAUUUAUAUCCAGAGUCAAUUUAAGAAAGUGAAUGACUAUGAUUAUAUUGAAUGUUCAGAUGGACAGAGAAUUAACAAAAUGGUGCCUGGGGAUAUUUGCACAGAUGAUGUACAAGCGAUAGUAGCAUUGAGCAUCACACUUGCCCUACUUGGCAUUCUCAUUGGUGUAUUAGCUGCCCUGUACUAUAAGUAUCAGCAGGAAAUUAAAAUAUGGAUGUAUUGGCACAAUAUUUGCCCUUUCAUCUUCAACAGUGACGCACUGGAUGCCAACAAGAAAUACGAUGCAUUUAUCUCCUAUUCACACAAAGAUGAAGAUUUUGUUGCUGAUACUCUCGUACCAGAAUUGGAAUUUCGACGGAAGUUCAAUUUAUGCAUUCACCGUCGUGAUUGGACAGUUGGAGAUUUUAUUCCCGAUCAGAUUAUUCGCUCAGUGGCUGAAUCUCGUCGUACAAUAAUCGUUCUCAGUCCCAAUUAUGUUGAAUCCGUCUGGGGCACCAUGGAGUUCAGGACGGCACAUCAUACAGCCGUAAAGGAGAACGUCUCACGUGUCAUUGUGAUUAUAUACGGUGAUGUGAAUACCCAGAAUAUAGAUACAGAACUGAAGAGUUAUAUUGACAUGAACACCUAUAUCAAAUGGGGUGAUCCGUGGUUCUGGGAGCGUCUUCACUAUGCCCUGAGGACCAUCAAGACGGGAAAUACCAAGACUACAGGUGCACUGUUCAAGACAUCAAUGAAGAGUUCGGUAGACGAUAAAUUAGAAUUAAUUCAUCCAUCACCAAUCACACCACCAAUGGCAACAUCACCUGUCGACAGUCCUAAACUCAACGGGUCAAUAUCAUACACGCGAAAUGGCAAAGUGGCUAAUGGUGGACUAAAUGGCCAUGUGAAUGGUGCAUUUAUCAUCAAUACCAACUCCAAACAAAGCGAUGUUUGAUUGUUAAGUACUGAUGACCAUACUCAUGAGAGCAUUUUCUCAACUCCCCCGUACGAUUUUUGAUUGAAUUUCAAACAAUCACUGGACGAUGCAUGGACACUUUAGCAGAGAAAAAUUUAAAAACAUUAAAAAAAAUCUCAGCUAAAACAAUGCAUAAUAUAAAAAAAAUUGUGUCUAUCCCGAUUAUUACAGAGGACGAAAUAUUAUUAAAUGUGAUAUCGAUAUUUUCAUCUUUUUUCUCCGCCACAAUUUUUAUGCAGAAUUCUUGUGCUUUUCUCACAACUCUAAAUAUAUAUAUAAAUAUAUAAUUUUCACUCCAUAUUUAAAUGAAAAAGAAGCAACAAAGAGAAUUGAAGCAAGAUAUUAGCAUUAAAAGAUUUUCCUUUUCAUCAUGUCCCAUUAUUUAUAAGCAAGAUUACGUGUAAUUUGUUAGAUAUAAGAUGUAUAGUUAAACGUUUAUAUCGCAAGAAUAAACCUAUAAUUGAUUCGUAGACUAUAUUGAAAAACAACAUCCAUUUAAAUAUUAAUGUUAAGGCUAAGCAUUUCUUAGAUAGACGGAUUUAUUAUAUUAUCCAAAAAUAAUGAAAUGAUAAAAAUCAUUGAGAAAUUAUCAACUUAAUAUAUAUUUACUAUACAUAUUGACUGAUUCACAUUGAUGCUCAGAAAAUAUUUGUUAGAUUUUGCGACAUUGAUCGUGAAAGACAAAGAUAGAUAGAAAGUAUUUAAUUAUAUAUACUUUUUUUGUUUGCUUUUCACACUAUCCCCACAGAAAAUAUAAAGCCUCAACAUUUUCUCUUUUAUUUGUACUCCAUCACCAAUUGAAAUUAUUUCACAGGAUAUUAUGAAGAAUUAAAUAAUUUUUUUUAUAUACGUAAUGUGUGAAAAAAAAACAACCUACAUGAACAAAAUAAUAAAAUUAUAUACGUUGCCAAGAUAAA